AUGGGGGCAGUCCAGGCGGUCCGCACUGUCCGUGGUGCUGCCUCCCCACCCCCACCCCCCCGCCUCCACCGCCACGUGUGCCGGCCCACCAUGCAGUUGCCCUGGCCCUGGGUCCAGCCUCCAGGCGGUCUGUGCUCCCGACAGAUCCCCUCCCUCCACCCCCAAUCCAGCCGUCCACCGACCUCGCUGUCCCGCACCCCAAGUGCUCCCGCCGGGCCCAAGCCCUCCGGGUACUCCAGCCGCGUCCGUUACUGGACACGGGCCCGUCCCUUCCCAGCCGGCGCCCCGCCAGGCCGCCCACCCCGGUGUCCCCCUGUCUCUCCCCGUGUCCCGUGUUCCCCCCGCUGUCCCCCUGUACCUCCCUGUCCCCUUGGCUUAUCCCCCCUUGUGCCCCCCCCCCACCCGUAUUCCCUCCCCGCUGUUCCCCUGUACUCCCGCGUCCCCGGCAUGUCUCCCCGCUGUGUCCCCCCCGCACGUCCCGUGUCCCCUCCCCGCGUGUCCCCGCCGCCCCGCGCGCCGGCGGAACUGUGGGAUCGCCGCGCACAGGAAGUGGCGGGGCGGCGCGGCCGAGGGCGGAGGGCGGCGGGCCGGGCGGGGCGGGAUGGGGGCCGGGGGCGGCGGGCGCCGCACUCGCUGAGGCCCGACGCAGGGCCGGGCGCGCCCAGGGCCGGAGCGCAGCGGCCGGAGCGGCCCGGAGGCGACGCCGAGGCCGAGCGCGCGACGAGCAGGUGGCGGCGGCUGCAGGUGAGCGGCGCGGCCCCCGAGGUCGGCCCCCCGCCCGGCCCGCCGCCCGAGGUCGGGGCUCCCUCCACCGCCGCCCCAGGUCGCCCCUGA